CAUGAUUUUCCAUUUGAAAUCUUCGAAUUACUUUUAGAAAAAAAAAAAGAAGGAAAAGAAAAACAAUUUAAAAUUAUUGCAUAUUAACUAAAAUUGUGGCAAUGUAAUCUGAAAGAGAUAACGGUAGCUUGCACCAAAAUGGAUUAUACUGAUAGAUUAACAUGUCUUAGUCGAUUCAUGAUGACUAUAUGGGAAACAUUAACCAUAGCAGCCGUGCAAGCCCUGACCGUAGCCACAGCCUUGAGGUUAGUAAUGUUGGAUAUUCCAUCUCCUACAACCUUGGGUGAAUCUGUAGAAUUGACAUGUAGCUACGAGUUAGAAGGAGACCGCCUAUAUUCUGUCAAGUGGUACAAAAAUGCCGUGGAAUUUUAUCGUUAUGUACCAAACGAUUGGCCUCCCGGACAAUUUCUUCCAUUACCAGGAAUCAAAGUUGAUUUAUCUAAAUCUGGUAAGCAGUCUGUUUAUUUACGUAAUGUGGACCUCAACUCCGCAGGUGUGUACAAGUGCGAAAUAUCCGCAGAAGCUCCUUCCUUUCAAACAGUGGAAGCUGAAAAAGAAAUGAAGGUAUUUGACUUUGAUAUAGCCCUGACCGUAGCCACAGCCUUGAGGUUAGUAAUGUUGGAUAUUCCAUCUCCUACAACCUUGGGUGAAUCUGUAGAAUUGACAUGUAGCUACGAGUUAGAAGGAGACCGCCUAUAUUCUGUCAAGUGGUACAAAAAUGCCGUGGAAUUUUAUCGUUAUGUACCAAACGAUUGGCCUCCCGGACAAUUUCUUCCAUUACCAGGAAUCAAAGUUGAUUUAUCUAAAUCUGGUAAGCAGUCUGUUUAUUUACGUAAUGUGGACCUCAACUCCGCAGGUGUGUACAAGUGCGAAAUAUCCGCAGAAGCUCCUUCCUUUCAAACAGUGGAAGCUGAAAAAGAAAUGAAGGUAUUUGUUUUACCAUCAGAAGGUCCAAAAAUCACAGGUGGUUUAGCCGAAUAUCAUAUUGGUGAUACUGUUUCUGUGAAUUGUACGUCCGCUAAAUCUAAACCACCAGCAACCCUCAGGUGGUUUAUUAAUGAUGAACUGGCUGGACCAGAAUACGAAACAGAAUAUUCCACAACUUUACACGCCGAUGGUUUAGAAACGUCUAGUCUAGGUUUAAGAUUUGUUGUCACCGAAAAACAUUUUCGUCAUGGCAACAUGAAACUAAAAUGUACGGCAACAAUCUCUCGGGUAUAUACAAUGAGUAACGAAGAGUUGGUAUCUGGAGGAAGACAACAGACCUCUGGACUCCAUAUCAGUGAAAACAUGAGUCAAGUUAGAAACACUGCGACCAUAGUAGCCACACCUGUUCGGUGGAUAGUGGUAUUUCCACUGCUCACUUUUGGUUAUGACACAUUAUAUGUCCGUGUUUGAAAGUCCUGCCGUAAACUGGGCAGCACCCAGAAUGUGCCAUGAGCUGUGAUAAGAAACAUCAUAACGAGGGAAGAACUAUUGCUACAAAUGAAUACUAAAAAAAAAAUAAUCUCCUUAGUUCCCUAGAACGUUCUGACUGUGCCUCAUCUGGCUUACUCAUUCCGAGCCCAAUCAUAAGACCAUCAGUUUCUGUGUUAAUAAAUGGCAUUAGGCCAAACUAUUCUGUUAUAAGUAGACACGAAGCUCACGAACUUGACUUA